CCAUUAUUUAUUUUUUAACGCAACCGUGUUUGAUUCGCGCUACAGAAACCAAGGCAUGCAAUAAUUAAUUUUUUAUUUUUCCAACCAAAUCGAAUCUCCUAUUUCGUUACCGUCGCCGGCGAUGGCAUCUCCCAACAACCACCGUGAACAUCUCCGGAGACUCGCCGGCAAAAACAACCACCGGCCUCGCCCUACUCGGCAACGAUCUUUCACCGGAGAUAUUGAACACGUCGCCGCAGAAACUUACUUAAUCACUCACCUCGCUUUCACGCUUCUUCGAUAUCUCGGGGUUGGUUACCGUUGGAUUAUGAAAUUACUAGCUCUUGGAUGUUAUGCCAUGCUACUUAUGCCCGGUUUUCUACAAGUUGCAUAUUACUAUUUCUUCUCGAGCAAGGUAAAGCGAAGCAUUGUUUAUGGUGAUCAACCUAGAAACAGGUUGGAUCUGUAUCUACCUGCUGAUGUCAGUGAACCUAAGCCAGUUUUGAUCUUUGUAACUGGGGGAGCAUGGAUUAUCGGGUAUAAAGCAUGGGGCUCCCUUUUAGGACUACAGUUGGCAGAAAGAGACAUUAUGGUGGCAUGCAUUGAUUACAGAAAUUUUCCUCAAGGAACCAUCAGUGACAUGGUAAAUGAUACUUGUCAGGGAAUUUCCUUCGUCAUUAACAACAUAGCCAGUUAUGGAGGUGACCCUAAUAGGAUUUACCUUAUGGGACAAUCUGCUGGUGCACAUAUUUCAUCUUGUGCUUUAUUGGAACAAGCAGCCAUAGAAUCUGGAAAUCGAGAUAGUGUUUCUUGGAGCGUUUCUCAGAUAAAAGCUUAUUUUGGUUUAUCAGGAGGAUACAACUUAUUGGAUUUAGUUGAUCACUUUCACAAUCGUGGCUUGUACCGUUCCAUCUUUUUAAGUAUAAUGGAAGCUGAACAGUCUUUGAAGAAAUUUUCUCCGGAACUCAAAAUUCAAGACCCUUGCAUCAAAGAUUCCAUUCCUCUCUUGCCCCCUAUGUUUCUUUUCCAUGGAACCGGUGAUUAUUCCAUACCUUCAAUUGCCAGUGAACGGUUUGCUGAUGCUCUUACGAAGGCAGGGGCAAGAGCUGAGGUGAUUCUAUAUGAUGGAAAAACACAUACAGAUUUGUUUCUUCAAGAUCCACUCCGAGGUGGUAAAGAGGACCUAUUUGAACAUGUAGUUUCUAUAGUACAUGCCAAUGAUAGCGAUGCUCUUGCAAAGGACGCCAUGGCACCGCCAAGAAGACGGCUUGUUCCUGAGAUUUUAUUAAAGUUAGCUCACAAUAUCAGUCCCUUCUAAGAUUGUUACUGACUGGAUUAUCAUCCUCUAUGGCUUAGCUUUUUCUAUAUUGUGUUUUUGUAUUUCUUAUUCAUAAACUUCUCCUCUGGUUUUAGUAUAAAUGUAUACCUCAACGCAAACUCUUCAUUUAUUCUGUCACACACACCAUAUUUAUUGGGGGUAUAGGUUAAGAUUCCUUAUAAAUGUAGCCUAUCAGAAUGCAGGGUGUUACAUUCAUUUACUCUAUCCACUUUUAUACGUCAAAUUUAAUUACUAAUUUGAAAGUGAAGUAAUUUAUUGUGCUA